CAAUGAACAGGGAAAGAAAUAGAAGUGUGAAUGCAUAUUUAAGCUUUAUUAUAAUCCGUGAUAAUGAAUAUCUCAAUAACUGUAUUUUGACUUCUUACUUAUUUCAGUUAAAAUAGGAAUUGGUGUGUGUGGAUGGUGAAUUUUCAAAGGUGAAUUGUUCACAAAUCUCCAUUGCAGAUAAUAAAACGAUGAUGAAAUUGGCAUUUGAUGAUGUGUCAUCGGUAACCGGUCAGAAUAAUUCUAUUUGCAUCUUAAAUAUGUUCAGGUAUCUUGCUGUUGUCAAUGGUUUCAUCUUAACAUUGAUCGGAUUAGUUCUUGGAUUAAUAAUCAUAUUUAUUAAGAAACUACAUUCUUCAUCCACAAUGAACACUAUCUUCAUCGUUAUCACCAUGAUAAUUAUGAUUGUUGGAUUUGCACUAUUAAUUUCAUUUGCAAAAUGGUACGAAAUAAUUAUUUCUUUACCUAUGGCUACCGUCUUCGCCAGUUUAGCCAUUUUAUGGGGUGAACAGCUGCAAGGUUCAGAACGAAAAUGGAGGAUACUCUUGUUUACGAUAUGUUGUGUAUUUGCAGGAACUGGAUUCAUUCUCUUUGCUUUAGGGGUGAUAUUUAGAACCAAUGUCUUACAAGGUUUAGCUUGGAUUUGUUGGUGCUGCGAAACGUUAAUCGUUGUUAUGUUCACAACAUACUAUCUGGACACACACCAUGAACAAGAACAGCUUUCUGAAAUCUUCAUUAUGUUCGCAUUGUUUUAUGAAUACUUCAUAUUUAAUGUCUUUUUACAGUUUUCUCUAUAUUCAAUCCUGCAUUGUGAUUCCAGCAGUGGGUACAGUCAGUGA